UCUGAGGUUUUCCACAGAGAACAACGGACGAAAACCAGCGGCGAACUAGUUCGAUCAAUCUCUAGGGUUAGGGUUUCGUUUCUCCGGCGAAGAUGAGUUCCGGUGCGGCGUCAACGAAGGGUGGGAGAGGGAAGCCGAAGGCUACCAAGUCUGUGUCACGAUCGUCCAAGGCUGGGUUGCAGUUCCCCGUCGGUCGUAUUGCUCGGUUCCUCAAGGCCGGGAAGUAUGCUGAGCGUGUCGGUGCUGGCGCUCCCGUCUAUCUCUCUGCCGUGCUUGAGUACCUUGCGGCUGAGGUUUUGGAGCUUGCUGGAAACGCGGCGAGGGACAAUAAGAAGAAUAGGAUUGUGCCGAGGCAUAUACAGUUGGCGGUGAGGAAUGAUGAGGAGUUGAGCAAACUUUUGGGGUCCGUGACGAUUGCGAACGGUGGAGUUUUGCCCAACAUUAAUCAGCAAUUGUUGCCGAAGAAGAUGGGCAAGGGGAAGGGCGAGGUUGGUUCGGCGUCACAGGAGUUUUAGAAUUAGGGUUUUUUGGGUCGUCUAUGUUUCUGUGAUGACUGUAAUAGGGUAGUAGUUUCGUUUUUGUGGAAUUUUUGUUUACUAUAAUAUAAGAUGAAAAUAUUGAUGUUUUCUUCA